UGUUCUGUUGGAGGGCGUUUUGAGUGGUGCUCGAGGAACGCCCCUGUCCUGUGGCCGCCGCGCAGACACAGGUGGGGGACGUGUGGUGGCGUGCUCAGGUGUGCUGUCCCGCGUGCAGGCAUGACAGUGUGGAGAAUGCGGCUCGGUACCCCUGCAUGACAAACCAAGCUUCCCUGAAAGGUACACGACUGGACGACUGGGGACACCUGUGGCAGAUCAAAAGGCACCGAACAUUUACAGUAUUUUACAACACACCCAAAAAAGGACAGCAGUGGUGUGUUGAGUCAUGGGGACGAGCAACCAAGAUGUGGGCGUGUUAUUUGGUCACCAAACAUUCAGCAUGGAAAGGAAAGUACAAGCGUGUGUUCAGCGUGGGGAACGCUGGCAUUACUACCUACAAUCCGAGCAGUAUGGAGGUGACCAACCAGUGGUAUUACCAUGACUUCAUCAACAUUACUCCAGCCCUCAAGGGUGUGGGACAGGUUCCUAAUGAGUACAUAAUCACUAUGCGUAAAGGGAAAAAAGUAGACAACAUGCGGUUUUCAUCUGAGCACCGCACAGACAUACUUUCUGAAGCACUCAUAUUCAGGCACAGCUUUGCAGACCCAAAUUCCUCUUUAUUCUCCCAGAGAGCCAAUGGCCAGAAGGUGCACUGGUCUGAGGCACGGCAGUCAGUGGUGCUGGAGGUGACACCAUGCUCACUGGACCAACUGGACUCUGCUACAGGGACUCCUCUUGCCUCUUACAUGUACAGAGAUAUUGAGGCUCUGGUCCCUGUAUCUGACAUCCCCGGGUGGACUGUGCAUUCAGGGUUUGGAAGGUUACACAUUUUCUCCACUGAUCGGAGAGAUGAAAUCUUAAAAAAGGUAGAAGACAAUGCAAAAAAAUAUAUUGGUAUAUCUAUCCCAUCGAAGAAGGUCAGCAUCACCCUGCAGAAAGCCAUGGAGACCAGACUGGGAAAGUACAGUGGAGAUGAGCACAUAACAUCAUUGUGUGAAUUCCCUGUGCACAAAGUAAGUCACAGACACAAUGAUCCUGUGAGAAGAACUUUAUGUGUCAGUGAGACGUGUCUGCUUGAACGUGAUCCCAAUUCAUAUGCUGUGGUCACCUUGCAUCCACUGUCUGAUGUGUUUGCUCUGGUCAGAAACCAAGAGAAUCCACAGAUGUUUUCAGUGGAGUAUGUGAGAGGAGGAAACAGGAGCUAUACCUCUUCAGACAGAGACUCCCUCCUUGCCUCCCUCAUCGAUGGUGUGCGUGCCUCGGGUAAUCUUGAUGUGCAUGUCCGCAUGACACCCACUGCACGUGGCCGCCGCCUGGGUCCACUGGAGGUUCCUGUGGAUGAGGAGGUGGAGUCCAUGCACCUAAAGUUCCUGCAGCAGCCUCCACCAGGAUGGACAUUUAUGGAAGCUGUGGAAAGAUUUAAUGCUAAUGUAUCUUACUCUGGUCUCCUCCAUGCUGUCACUGCAGAGGGUUUCUUUGCGGAGAACAAAGAGAGGCUGAUCACUUGGUGGGCAUUGGGUCCCUGGUGAUCCGGGAGGGGGGACCAAGCUACCUUGCCAGCAGAGGAGGUGGAGGCACAGUUCCAUGGUCUCAGGAGAUUAGUUGCUUCCAAAGCUGGAUUUGCCUGCCUUACCUCCCUGUCUGGGUUUCGAGAAAAGGUUGGAGUGAAGGUGGUGAAGGCACUAAUGAGGAACAAUGAUGGAAUCAACCAUGCUGCACUGGACAUGCUGUGUGCCAUCAUGCAGCCAAUGCAUGACCAUCCAGAUCUCAAACAGGAGCAGCUCAACAAGGCAUCCCUCCUGGCAUCAUCAAAGUUCCAAGAGAAGCUGCUGGAGACAUGGGUGUAUCACGUGACCCAUGGAACAGGAGCACUUGUAGUUUCUGCCAUGCUGGACUUCUUGACCUUUGCCCUGUGUGCACCUUAUAGUGAGACAACAGAUGGCUCUCAUUUUGACCGCCUGCUGGAAAUGGUGGCUGACAAUGGCAGGUCCUUGUACAGACUCUUCCAGCACCCAUCACUUGCUAUUGUCAAAGGAGCAGGAUUAAUCCUAAAAGCUGUGAUAGAAGAAGGUGAAAAUGACAUCCCUUCACGCAUGCAGCAACUGGCCCUAACUGAGGGUGCCCUCCCUCAUCACCUGUAUACAGCUCUCUUCACACAGACUGCAGACGGCCGGCUCCUCACCCACCGACAGCUGUCCCGUAGCCUUGUGGCACUCUGGGCAGCAGAGAACAGACUUGCCACCGAGCUUUUAGAACGGACUGUGCCUUCAGGACUGUUAGCCUUCCUCGAGAGUAAGGAUACAGUUCCUCUGGAUGACAUAGACCGUCUAAACACUCGAGAUAACCUGAAAAUGGCAGAGGAAGAUGAGAGGAACAAAAAGAAUCAAGUGCUUGACACACUUGAUCGUGCAUACAAGACCUCAGUCAAGAAGAUGGAGCAUCUAAUGGAGAAACACAUGGAUAAAAUAGAGACUGUGGAAAGACAAUUGCAAGUAGGGGCCAGGCACAUAGAGGCUUACUACGAAGCAUAUCUGGAGAAACACGUUGAUUUUGCCCUACAACACUGGAGGUCAAGAAUGAAAAAGGAAAAGUCAGUGGAAGAAAGGUUCCGGGAACGACCUCUUGUCUUACGGAAGAGAAGAGAAAAGCUCAAAUCAACUGCUAAUUGGCCUCUCUUUUAUUACAAAUUUAAUGUAGACCAUGCCCUUCCAAACUUGAUAUGGAACUACAAGACAAGGGAAGAGCUGAGGGUGGCACUGGAAGGUGAGAUGCGAGCCUUCACUGAAGAUAGGGAUGUGCGAGGUGCCAUGGUGGUGGCCUGGAAUCAUCAGGAAUUUGAGGUUAGUUAUCCAUCCCUGAAGGAUGAAAUUAAGAUUGGAGACUAUUACCUCAGGAUCCUUCUAGAGCAGGAAAACAACUCGGCCCAAGAGGAAUCACCGAUCAGAAAAUCGCAUGAGUUCUUCAAUGACUUAUAUCAUCGAUUCCUGCUGACUCCAAAGGUGGCUAUGAAGUGCCUUUGUCUGCAGGCCAUGACUCUAGUAUAUGGCCUGCACCAUAAGGAUAUCGGUCAAUUUAAUGACACACGGUAUAUUGUGACCAUGUUAGCUCGCACUUGUGACAAGUUGGAGAGGGACAGGUUACUGCUAUUCCUAAACAAGUUAAUAUUAGAGAAGAGAAAUGUACGUGAGGUGGUGGAGGCAGGGGGUGUUCGCAUUCUGGUGGACCUCCUAACAUUAGCUCAUCUCCACGUGAGCCGUGCUGUCACACCAACACAAACCAAUGUAAUAGAAGCAUCCCCAGACAUGGCCAGAGACUCAGAGAAGGAGUGGUACUAUCAGGGUUCCAACAAGGAACGUGCCGGGCCUUUCAGUUUCAAGGAACUCAAGGACUGCUGGAUCAGUGGGGCCCUUACACCCAAGACUUUGUGCUGGGCCCAAGGCAUGGAUGGUUGGCACCCUCUCACCAACAUUCCCCAGUUAAAAUGGUCCUUGGCAGCCACGGGAACUGCAGUGAUGACUGAGAGUGACCUAGCCACCCUGGUGCUGAACAUGCUCGUCACCAUGUGCAAGUACUUCCCCUCACGUACAGAUGAUGGAGCUGUCAUUCGCCCAUUGCCCCGCAUCAAGAGGUUACUCUCAGAUGCUGUCUCCCUUCCCCACAUUGUCCAGUUGUUACUCACGUUUGACCCUGUGUUGGUGGAGAAGGUUUCAACUCUCUUGACUGAGAUCAUGCAAGACAACCCACAGAUGUCCACAGUUUACACCACAGGAGUGUUUUACUUCAUCCUCAUGUACAUGGGGUCCAAUGUGCUUCCCAUUGGCCGUUUCUUGUACAUGUCUCACAUGCAGCAGUCCUUUAGAGCUGAGGAGAAUUCUGGUGGAGACAUCAUGCAGCAGAGCAUUCUGGGUCAGAUCCUCCCUGAAGCCAUGGUCUGUUAUUUAGAGAAUUAUGGGGCUGAGAAGUUUGCUGAAAUCUUCUUGGGUGAAUUUGACACUCCAGAGGUCAUUUGGAGCAACGAGAUGCGUCGUCACAUGAUUGAAAAGCUGGCCUCUCACCUGGCAGACUUCACUCCACGUUUGAUGAGCAACACUCGAGCGCUAUAUCAGUACUGUGCUAUUCCUCAUAUAAUCUAUCCUCAGCUGCAGUAUGAACUCUUCUGUGAUAUUUAUUAUCUAAAACACUUGUGUGAUGUUGAACGCUUCCCAGACUGGCCUAUUAAAGAUCCUGUGGCUCUCCUGAAGCGAGUCUUGGCGGCAUGGCAGACUGAGGUGGAGAAGCAGCCAUCUUCCAUUACUGUUGAGGAUGCUUACCAAGAGCUUGGACUGGAGCAGGACAUACGUCAUGAUGACGCCAAAAUCCGUAAAGCUUACUUCAAGCUGGCCCAGAAGUACCAUCCUGAUAAAAAUCCUGAUGGAAGGGACAUAUUUGAGCGAGUCAACAAAGCUUAUGAAUUCCUGUGCAGCCGCUCAGCCCAUCAAGUGGAUGGCCCUGACCCACGAAAUAUCCUUCUUGUGAUUAGAACACAAAGCAUCCUGUUUUCUCGUUACAAAGACGUUUUGGCACCCUACAAAUUUUCUGGUUACCCGAUGCUCAUCAAGACCAUCCAGCUUGAGGCUGAUGAUGAGCAGCUCUUCAGUAAGGAAACGUCACUUUUGGCAGCAGCAGCGGAGCUUACUUACCACACCAUCAACUGUUCUGCUCUGAAUGCUGAAGAGCUAAGGAGAGAAAAAGGACUUGAGGUGCUACAAGGUGCAUACAACAGGUGUGUAAGUGUGCUGAACAGCAGCAGCAAACCAAGUGAUGUUGCAGUGCAGGUGUGUGCCAACAUUGCCCGCUGCUACACUGCUGCAGCCUCCUUCCCCAUGUGUAGGGAGAAGCUAAUAGAGAUGUCACACUUCAUCAAGGAUCUCUGCCACACACUCUACUUCAAGUCCUUGUUGCGUGUGUGUUUGGUUGGUGUGGAGUGUGUGUCAGCAUUGGCCAUUGACCAAAUCCUGCAGAUGAAUUUGUUACAAGCAGGAAUCCUUUGGCACCUCUUGCCCUUCCUCUUCUCCUAUGACUACACGCUGGAUGAAGGCGGUGUUAGCAAGUGCGAGGAUUCCAACCAACAGGAGCUGAGCAAUCGGUUAGCCAAAAUGGCCCUGUAUGCUUGUGGACGACUGGCAGGAGCUUACACUGAGGAGAGCCGUGCCACCCCUGUCAAUGCCGUCAUCCAGGGGGUGUUGCAGAAGCUCCUAACUCCAUAUAUUACUUCCCUCAUACCCACUGUUACAUCAGAGGAGGUGUUGAAGAUCCUGACCAGCAAUGUGGAGACUCCGUAUCUCAUAUGGGACAACGGGACACGAACACAGCUCAUUGAUUUCCUCACCACCAACCAGCAAGCCCACGUACGCACUGGGGAAUCCGACCCUGAGUAUGGAGCAGCCUUUGAGUUUGAUGCACACAAGGAUGAAUUGGUGAUUGGUGGUGUGUUCAUCAGGAUCUACAAUGAGCAGCCAUCAUUCCCCAUAAAGAAGUCCAAAGAGCUGACCCUGGAGCUACUGCAGUAUAUUGGAGGCGAGACGCAAUACCUCCACUCUUUGCUGUCUCUAUCUUCAGCCUCUUUGUCUCACCCACGGCUUGCCAGAGUUGGUGAUGCUCUCAGAGCACUUGUCAAUGUCAUCAAGAAUAACCCAGGUGUUGAGAUGCAGUGCAUAGGCCACUUCAAGCUCCUGUUUUCCUUGCUGCGUCUUGAGGGGUGUGUGGCUGUCCAGCAGAGUGUGCUAGCUGUGAUGGAGGGAGUGACAGGAAAUGCAGACUGUGUUAGUGAUAUUGCUGCCUCAGAGGUGUUGGUGUAUCUGAUGUUGGCUCUACACUCACCUGCCUUGGUGCAUGAUCGCCUCACAGCACUCAAUAUCCUCCAUGCCCUCAUGUCCAACACUAAGAUUGUUAAGGAGGCUCUUAACAAAGGGGGAGUCAUGUACCUCCUCAACCUCUUCUGUUCUUCUGACGAUGCGGAGGUGAGGGAGAAAACUGCUGAGCUGAUGGGCAAGAUGACCUGUGACAAACUGGUGGGACCAAGGGUGAGACUCAUCCUCCUCAGGAUUCUACCAUCAGCCCUUGUUGACCAGAUGCGGGACUCCCCCAACACAGCUGUCCACAUGUACGAGGCACAACAUGAGAACCCUGAGCUGAUAUGGACAGAUGACUCUAGGGAAAGGGUGUCUGCAGUGGUAGCCCGCUUGGUGGAGGAAAUCCAUACCCAGCAAUGUGAAGAUCCAAAUGUUGUCUGGAAGUUCCCUGAGGAUGUGUCCUUGUCUUCCACUUCUGGAGAAGUGGUGGUUGGUGGGGUGUAUAUGCGGCUGUUGGUGUCCAACCCUACAUGGGUAUUGCGGAAGCCUAAGGCCUUUGUGUCUGAUCUUUUUGAUGCUCUGCUGGAUCAUAUGACAAAGAAUAAUGAUGGUGACACAUUUGAAUUGGUGUUGAGUGCAUUGGUAGCAGUGUUGACUGCCCAGCGCACCCUGCUGGAAUACUUGCCUCAACUUGGCCACGUCCCACGUGUGGUGGCUCAUCUGUCCUCCAAAAAUUUGGUAGUGGUGCGUGCUGCUACACAUGCCACGCAUCAGUUUACAUGUAGCCAGGUUUGCCUCACUGUUCUUGAAGGAACAGAAGUAGUGGCUGGAUUGGUGUCUGCAAUGAAAGUUCGGCCAGAUGUGGUUGGUGUGGCUUGUGAGGCCCUCCACAACCUGUUUUCCACUGGUGAGGUAGCGGCAACAGCCUUUGUUGAUCAAGGCCUCAAGGCUAAUGUGAUACCAUUCCUCCUUUCCCUGCUGGGCUCAACACUUGAUGCAAAAGUUCAAAAGCCAGCUUCUACCAAAGCCCAAAUUGUGGUUUGUUUGAAAACAAUGGCAGCCUCUCCCCAGCAUAAUGAAGAGGUGACGGCCCUGCUGGAGAAGUCCCCAGUGUGGGCACAGUACCGGGACCAAAAACAUGACUUGUUCAUCGAGGCCGCCCCCACGAUUGCUGGGAGUUUGAUGGGAGGCCCAGGCAUUGCUGGCUGCAUCACCCAGGGUCCCUCCCGUUCCAUGCCCUCCACCCCACCCUCCAUUACCAACACUCGAAAGCUACCAGAAAUGCCCUGAAGGAGGCUUGUUAAUCCCAAGGUUUUGUGUACAAGUCGUUAAUUUAUUUCCUAAGAGUGAAUCAGUGAAGAGGGACAGAUUCCAUGCAGUGUUACUGUACUUGGAUACACUUUGUGGUUUGAUUUUUGUUGAAAAUUAAUGAAAUUGAUUAUUUAAAAAUUAUUUCUUUAAAUUUAAAAACUUCAUAUUAUAUGAAGUGCAGACAACAUAAUGGUGGUGCAUUUUUUCAUGAUUAAAUUUACUUAAUUACAAGUUUAAAAGUUAUAUAUUUUACUAGCACAGUGAUAUACACCUGACUGCUAAAUACCUCUCCAAGUACUGUGCUUCUUUACAAAGGUGUGCUUGGCCAUGUAACAUAAGGGUCUCCUAUUUUGAUAUCAGGUAAUAAGCAGUUGUUUUUACUAAUUUUAGAAUUGUGUCAAUAAUCAAGAGAUUUAUUUCUUCUUUUCUAUCAACUGAAGUGCUGCUUUGCAUCUUCAUAAUGUGAAAUACACUCACCUGUCACAUCAUAACAAAAAGAGGCAGUAGAAAGCACACUACCCAUUAUGUGAUACAUAACAAUAUAUUCCAUGGCAUAGUGUGUUCCUAGGGAGGUGAUUUCAAAUUAUCAUCUUGAAGAAAAUGCUUUCCUAGCUAUAAUACAAAAUUUUAGCUUCUAAGUUUGGCAAAAACAUUUAUCUUAUGCAUCUCAAGUAUGCUUUUCCAAACUAUCAGAAGAAUUGCCAAACACAAAAUCUGAACAUAUCACAAUUGAUUUGCUCCUCUAAUAUGACUGCAUUUCAUCUCAUUAGGUGCUGCACUAGCAGCUGAUAACCAGAAUUUAGAUCUUAUUGCAAAUGUUAAUGUCAUGUUCCCUCUGCCAUCUCUGCUUAUUGUAUGUAUCAAUACAUCAUCAUCAUCAUCAUCAUCAUCAUCAUCAUCAUCAUCAUCAUCAUCAUCAUAUUUUCAUCAUCAUAAUCACUUCUAAGGUCAUUUAAGAUAAUUGUGAUGAAGGCUCAGGACUCAACAUAAGGAAAAA